UUGAUAAAUGUAGUUCGUUGGGUAAAAUGUUUCACUUCAGAAUCACUAAUUUCGUUGUUAUCCUAAUAUGCUGUUUAGGUGUCAUGGGGCAAGAAGAAGUGGGUGAUGAAUGCCUCACGGAUGAAGGGUUGACAGGAGUCUGUAGAGAUAUCAGGGAUUGCCAAAGUGUCCUAGAUAACAUUGAGAAGGGUAAAUAUCCAACGGAUAUGUGCGGUUUUAUCCAAUCAAUUAUUAUAGUUUGUUGUGUACCACAGAAAGAAGUAACGCCUCGCAUUAGGGCCCCAAUUUCAACCGAAUCCACUACGCAUAAAGUUGCUAACCGAGUUAAUAAUCAGCCAGGAGAUAAGGCCAAUGAAAACUAGAAUACGACUGGUGGCUUUCGACCAAUGGUGGAGCAGUGCGGCAAAAGAAAAGGGCUUGCAGCUUAAGUCCGGGAUUCCUCGAAAGCGGCACCGAAAAAAUGCGACCGUAAUACUGCUAUGAAUGACGUCAUAAAAAACUGUACCAUGCAAAAUAAUAGCGGUGGUUUCCAAGGAUGCGUUGGAAGCCACCGCUUGCUGAGUUUACACAUUUCAUUGCCGCAGUGAAGAACCUUGAAUUUUUCACCGUAAUCUGACGUCAUUUAUCGCAGUGUUACGGUCGCAGUUUGUCAGUGCCGCUUUCGAGGAAACUCAGGCUUAAGUGAUAAUUUUUUUAAAUAGUAUUUAUGUAAAUAAUAUAUUAUGACGAAUAAAGACCUUAUUGUGAU